CACGACGUCGGCGUUGGCCUCACUUUCGUCCAAAGCCGAGCCAAGACCCUGACUCCCCAGACUACCUUUUUCCCCGUUAACAAUAAUAAAGAAAUAUGGGAUUUGGAACUUCAAUUUACAAGUCACAACGGAUUUCGCAUAGCAAUACAUGCUGUCUUGGGCGUCCUACACUGGUUGCGAUUCUCUCGGUCUUCGCCAAUCAUCAUUUACACCGGCUUUAUACUAGGGGAACGCCCGUGGGUGCCUUUAAGAGGGUGCUUCCGACAUUCGGGAAGUGCUUGGCGCCAAUUGGGACGCACGGCGGCUUCAUUUCAGUGGCGAUACAAUGAAUGCCCAAAUAUCAUUUCUAGAGGGAACCUUCAGCCUAGUACAUGUUCCUCUAGACUUAUAUCCGACUUUUUUGCAGCCCAUAGUCCAGGUGCUUCUGCCCCAAGGUGCCGGUGAGGCCGGUACAAUCAAUGGGGAAGAUGGGCUCGGGAAUAACACGAGACAUACAUUCCUUAACAUCAGCAUAACGCCCAUCGAAUGCUCGGUCGUGUGUCACAGCAAUUGGGCCAAGACAGUGUUUGAGCCUGUUGUCAAUCGGUUGCCGCGAGAUGUUGCAAAACGUGUCACCAUAUCGAAAGACGCUUACCUAGUUCUCUCCGUUAUCAGUGCGGGGAUGGACGCAGGAAAUCGGGUCUUGGAACUAACGUCACCCCUGGCACUGGCUGGCAUUCCAAUUCUAUUUAUCACGACGUACUAUUCUGAUUUCAUAUUGGUACCAAAGAAGAAGAAAGACACAGUUGUACAAGCUCUGCUAGCUCGGGGCUUUGAAUGUAUCGAGGAUGAAGAUUCCUACGUAUCACCAACCGUCAUGUCACAUGGUCGGGCGAAGAGUCAAGGUAGUGAACCACCAUCGACACCUCCGCCAUCCAGCGUCGCAGAGCUACAAAGGAGGACCUUUGACUUACUCACGAAGCGGAAUGUGAUCCCGUAUAUAUGUGACGGUCUUAGCCUUGUUCAGUGUUCUGGCCGAGAUGUAUCUGAGCUGAUUGACUUCGGCGCCCGGCGAACAAAUCAAGGCUGGUCAACGGCUAGCAAUGGACACAGGACUAGCUGGCUUGAUCAUAUGGAUACGAAGCUAUAUACAAGCCUUAUCGCAGUUUUGGCUGGCCAACCAAAAUUUUUGUCUAUCACGUUAGCACUAGAGGAUGCCCCCUCUUUGCUAAUAGACAAGACUCUCCUCCAUGUCUUCGGCGACUCUCUUGUCGGAGAUACCGAGGGCGACCUUGUACCUAUAUUCCUCGACCUCGUUAAUUUACCUCUCGAGGCCACAGGAAUCGUUUCUGGCGUGGCCGGAAAGCUCGUCGAGGAGAUGCAUAUGAUAGAGACGGGUGUUAGUGCCGAGCUGUCAUAUCUCUCAACUGCACGUGCGGGCGCUGUGAUAUUGUCCAAUGAGCAGUCUAUGAAAGCUCUUGAGGUGUUGAGACCACUUCUCGUGAAAGAAAAGUGAUAAGGAAAAGAAACUCCGUUGCAUGAGAAUGGCUUCAACGGGUGGCAUGUUUAUUUGUACAAAUUAUGAAUAUGUCAAACGGUUUGUUAGCUAUGAGGUGUUGGAACGAAAAGCAUUCCACGAGAGCGGCUUACGUCUUUACGAUUAUCUAUGACUUACGCAUUACCCAAAAACUUAGGCGUGGUGAAUCGGAUAAAGUGGAUUUUUUAUAUCAUUGGGAAGGGGUGUUCGUGCAUCGGGAGGAGACAUUGUGAGGUUCGCAUCUCAAGC